UUACUCACCCACGGUGGUUACUCACCCACGGUGGUUAGAUCAGCUAGCAUGUCCGGCCGCUAUAUUCGGGUGAUGUUCAUGUGAUAUCCAGUGACCUACUGGAAUACCACCUGCACAACAGUCUGUGCAGGUGCAAGAGGUAUGCACACUGUGAAAUAUUUUCAAAUGAUUGAUGGAAAUUUGUUCUGAACACAGGCAGAAUAGUUAGAAAAUGGAGGUUGUCAUCACAGUGUUGAUUGAACAUUGUGUGGUUUUCUGCAUCCAUCCAAGAUGUCUUAUUCAGGAUGGAGCAAUCUCUUGAUGCAUUCAAUGACAUUUCCAUUGAUAUUGAUUGACAAAUAUGACAAUGAGGAAAACAUGAGAGCUGUUGUCAACAGCACUGAACAAAAAUAUAAAUAGACACUUGCUAUCUAUGACAGAUGUGCCUUCUACAAAGUGACUUUAUCCCUGUCUGCAUUUUACUCACAGGGAGAAUAGGUUCCGUGAGCAACAUCCCUGGGCCACCUCACUGCCUUGACAUACGCGGCUUCAAGGCCUUUCUGGAGUUCGUGACAAGGGGUAUUAAAGGUCAAAUAUUCGAUAAACCUAUCCCCGAUACAAUCUACUUUGAUCUCAAGUACACUGAAUUGAGCAAGCAAGCUGUAACCAGAGUCUGGAUGACAUUCUUAAACUGGGCUGGUACUGAGAUCUCAGAUGAAGAGCUGGAGAAACUGCUGCAGAGGAGUUUCAAUGGAUGGCAGAUCAAAAACAUUGUUGGAGUUGCGCGUGCGCUAGCCGGGAAAGGAGCAGUCACCUUUGACCACAUCAAAGACACCCGUGCCUACCUUGAAGAAUUUGAUUGCAACUACACUGGUCCAGGUGGAGCAGAAAACAUGAACUCAUAUACAUGA